UUUAUUUACGCCUACCUCCCAGCCCUUGGCAAUCUGACUAAUAGCAAACUGAGCUAACAAGAAAGACUAGAAAGGGAGGAAAGAGCGUUGCCGCAGUUUGGAUCUACAACCUAAGAAAGCAAGAGUGAUCAAUCCCCGCUCUGUUAAACAUCUUAUUUAUUUACUGUGUUCAGCAGCUUGUAAAUGGUUAACUAUAUGCAGAAAAGUCAGCAUAGCUGUGAAGUAUGCCGUGAAUUUUAAUUGGGGGAAAAAAUGGACCACUGCUUCAGGAUGAUCUAGUAUGCACUCUGCUUGAAAUCUUUUUUUUUUUUUUUAAUGAAAUGUUCAGCAUUUGGUCUCUGACUGAAGUAUUCAACUUUAGGUAGCUAUGGGACAUGCCAAAAAGUGAUAUUUAAGAAGAAAGUACGCAGUGGUUGGUGUUUUCCUCUUUUAUAAAGAAACUGAAUUUGUUUAAACAUCUCUUCCAGCUGUGUAUUACAGAGAAUGUCAGGAAGCCUCAGCUUUACAGAAUAAGAUUCCUUCGGAUGACAACAUGAAGCUCUGGAUUCAUCUCUUAUAUUCAGCUCUCCUUGCUUGUGUAUCUUUACAGUCCCAAUCUCCAAUGUCCUCAGUCAGAGGUUCUUGUGAUUCACUUUGCAACUGUGAGGAAAAAGAUGGCACGGUGAUCAUAAAUUGUGAAGAAAAAGGCAUCAAGAAGUUAUCCCAAAUUAGUGUGCCACCAUCACGACCUUUCCAUCUAAGUUUGUUGAAUAAUGGCUUGACAGGGCUUCAUACAAAUGACUUUUCUGGGCUUACCAAUGCUCUCUCCAUACACCUUGGAUUUAACAACAUCGCAGAUAUUGAGACUGGUGCAUUUAAUGGCCUUGGCCUUCUAAAGCAACUUCAUAUCAAUCACAAUUCUUUAGAAAUUCUUAAGGAGGACACUUUCCAUGGACUGGAAAACCUGGAAUUCCUACAAGCAGAUAACAAUUUUAUUACAGUGAUUGAACCAAGUGCCUUUAGCAAACUCAACAGACUGAAAGUGUUGAUUUUAAAUGACAAUGCUAUUGAAAGUCUUCCUCCAAAUAUAUUUCGAUUUGUUCCAUUGACCCAUCUAGAUCUUCGUGGAAAUCAAUUGCAAACCUUGCCUUAUGUUGGGUUUUUAGAACACAUUGGCAGAAUAUUGGAUCUCCAGUUGGAAGACAAUAAAUGGGCAUGCAAUUGUGACCUAUUGCAGCUCAAAAUUUGGUUGGAAAACAUGCCUCCACAGUCAAUAAUUGGUGAUGUUAUAUGCAACAGCCCUCCAAUUUUGAAAGGAAGCAUACUAAGCCGACUGAAAAAGGAAUCUAUUUGCACCACUCCACCAGUCUAUGAAGAACAUGAAGAUCCUUCAGGAUCACUAAGUCUGGCAGUAACACCUUCAAUAAAAGAUAGUCACAUAUCAACCAAGACCAUAGUUCUGUUAAAACCACCCACCAAAGCACCAGGUCUGAUACCUUAUGUUACAAAGCCAGCCACACAACUUCCAGGACCCUACUGUCCUAUUCCCUGUGUUUGUAAAGUAUUAUCCCCAUCAGGACUUCUAAUACAUUGUCAAGAGCAUAAUAUUGAAAGCUUAUCAGAUCUUAAACCCCCUCCACAAAAUCCUAGAAAGCUUAUUCUAGCUGGGAAUAUAAUUCACACAUUGGUCAAAUCGGAUCUAGUGGAAUAUUUUACUUUGCAGAUGCUUCACUUGGGAAAUAACCGUAUUGAAGUUCUUGAAGAAGGAUCAUUUAUGAAUCUAACAAGGUUACAAAAACUCUAUCUAAAUGGAAAUCAUCUGACUAAAUUAAGUAGAGGCAUGUUCCUUGGACUCCAUAAUCUUGAAUACUUAUAUCUUGAAUACAAUGCUAUUAAGGAAAUACUACCAGGAACCUUUAACCCAAUGCUUAAACUUAAAGUCCUCUAUUUAAAUAACAACCUCCUACAAGUUUUGCCACCACAUAUUUUUUCAGGAAUUCCCCUAACUAGGAUAAAUCUUAAAAAAAACCAGUUUUCUCAUCUACCUGUAAGUAAUAUCUUGGAUGAUCUUGAUUUACUAACCCAGAUUGAACUUGAAGACAACCCUUGGGACUGCUCCUGUGACCUGGUUGGAUUGCAGCAAUGGAUACAAAAAUUGAGCAAAAACAUAGUAACAGAUAACAUAGUCUGUACUUCCCCAGAGCAUCUUGACAAAAAAGAAUUGAAAGCUCUAAAUAGUGAACUUCUUUGCCCAGGUUUAGUAAAUAAUCCAUCCCUGCCAAGUCAGCCUAGUUACAUAGUUGUCACUACUCCAACAACCGCAACGAAUACAGGAGAUACUAUUUUCAGAUCGCUUACAGAUGCCGUACCACUAUCUGUUUUAAUUUUAGGACUGCUGAUUGUGUUCAUAACUAUUGUGUUUUGUGCUGCAGGGAUAGUGGUUCUUGUUCUCCACCGCAGGAGAAGAUACAAAAAGAAACAAGCAGAGGACCAAAUGAGAGACAACAGUCCUGUUCACCUUCAGUACAGCAUGUAUGGCCAUAAAACAACUCAUCACAUGACUGAAAGACCCAGUGCAUCGCUCUAUGAACAACAUAUGGUGAGUCCCAUGGUCCAUGUCUAUAGAAGUCCAUCCUUUGGUCCAAAGCAUUUGGAAGAGGAAGAAGAAAAGAAUGAGAAAGAGGGAAAUGAUGCUAAACAUCUCCAAAGAAGUCUUCUGGAACAUGAAAAACAUUCACCGCUCAUGGGAUCAAAUCUAAAAUAUAAAACUUCAGACCAAACAAAUGAAUUUUUGUCCUUCCAGGAUGCCAGUUCUUUAUAUAGGAACAUUUUAGAGAAAGAAAGAGAACUUCAGCAACUGGGAAUCACAGAGUACUUAAGGAAAAAUAUUACUCAGCUCCAGCCUGAUAUGGAUGUACAUUAUCCUGGAGCCCAUGAAAAGUUAAAAUUAAUGGAGACACUAAUGUACUCAAGACCAAGAAAGGUAUUAGUGGAACAGACUAAAAAUGAGUAUUUUGAGCUCAAAGCUAACUUACAUGCUGAACCUGACUAUUUAGAAGUCCUGGAGCAGCAAACAUAGAAAGUAAGGGCUUAUGCAGAAAUGCUGUGAUUCUGUCUUAAGUCCAAACCUUGUACAUAAGUGCCUUACAUAAAUGUGUCAUCAAUCAGAACUUAAGCACAGCAGUAAUUCUGUGGGGA